UGCGUACAUUUUGACGUCUACAGUUUCCGGAAGUGGAUUGUUCAGCCCGUGGUUCAGAGUAAAAAAACGAUAGCACAAACAAAUAUACGUAUUUCUUUAAUUUCAACAUCACAAAUGUCAGGGGGGGGCCGUUUAGAGAACGCGAAUCCCUUGAUUUUUCAACGAACAGGCGAGAGACUUCAGACCGCAAAUGACGAGGACGAAGAUGUUGCUGAUCCCAUCGACGACAGAGAAAUAUUUGAUCUCAUCAGAUCCAUUAAUGAUCCUGAACACCCACUGUCCCUCGAGGAGUUGAAUGUCGUGGAACAAGUGCGAGUGCGCGUAGAUGACCAAGAGAACACAGUGGGUGUGGAGUUCACCCCCACUAUACCCCACUGCAGCAUGGCAACUCUCAUAGGCCUGUCCAUCAAAGUCAAACUGCUGCGGUCCCUGCCAGAAAGGUUUAAGAUUGAUGUGCACAUCACUCCUGGGACGCAUGCCUCAGAAGAUGCAGUCAACAAACAGCUGGCAGACAAAGAGAGAGUGGCCGCUGCACUCGAGAACUCCCAGCUUCUGGAGGUGGUCAACCAGUGUCUGAUAUCCAAUGCAAGGACAGGCUGAUCCCUCCUGAUGGAUCAAUUGAAAAUGAUAGGACUAGACUUAAUGUUUCUCUCCUUACAUGCUAACUGGACUGGUUGUUCAGAUUAUGUUGAGUAAAUGGCAAAUGUAUCACGUAUGCUGCCAUUGUAUUAUUUUAAUCUAACAGAAUUCCAAUGUAUUUCUGCUAUAGGCAGAAAUAACUAUACUGUGUGUUUUGUAUGUCUUCAAUAUAUUCCUGACAUCUUCAGUUUAACAGUAUUAUAGAGAAGCAUUGUAUCCUUUAUUAUACAAGUAAAUUUAAUUUGACCUUUAUUUAACCAGGCAAGUCAGUUGAGAACAUAUUCUUAUUUUCAAUGACAGCAAAGCAAUAAAAUACAGGGUUAUAUCUUAUGUCAUUGAAAGUAUACCUAAAUAUUCAUGGUAUUUGGGAAGAGAACAAAUAAAGUGCAUAUGUCUCUUAUAAAUGAAGCAAUCUCAACGUACACAAUGACAUGAAAGCCCAAAGACUGAGGACACUGAAUAAGAAAGGCCUUAGUUUAUAACAUAUGUCUUGGGGAGAAAUUAUAUAUAGUAUAAUACUUGUGCCAUUGGAUUUCCAUCAGAUGCCUUGAUUCAUAUUUGUCUAAAAUAAAAUAGUAUACAAUCUGUGAAAUAG